UGUACAAAGACAUUGUUUUUCAAAUAUGGCGGACGACGAACACGAUGUAGACAACUUUGACGAUGAUAUUGAUGACGAUGACGAACCUUUGGACGAAGCUGUAGAAACACAAGAGGAUGGUGACCCAAUAGACAUCCUCCCAGCUGAUCAAGCUAGCCAGCCUGUGGAGCCACAAAAACGAAUCACAACUCCAUAUAUGACAAAGUAUGAACGAGCCAGAGUCCUGGGGACAAGAGCCUUACAGAUUGCGAUGUGUGCACCAGUAAUGGUGGAAUUGGAAGGAGAAACUGAUCCUCUACUUAUUGCAAUGAAGGAACUCAAAGCCAGGAAGAUUCCGAUCAUUAUUCGCCGUUACCUCCCUGACGGAAGUUUUGAAGACUGGGGAAUAGAUGAGCUCUUGAUGACCGAGUGACAGUGGUUGUGUAAUAGAUUGACUGUAUAUUGUGUGUUUCUGAGAGAAUGGAUGUAUGAAAGAAGUAUUUUUUUUUUUAUCAUUUCAUCAUUUCAUUUUUAAUAAAGAAAUCAUCCCAUUGA